AUGCGGGUUGGCAUGCCAGAAGCAAAGACCUGCGAAGAGCUGGCCUAUUUCUGCAGUGAAGAAGCCCCUGAGUGGUUGUUCACGAUGGAAGCACUUUGGCUUCGCAACACUUGCCCCAGACAUUGCGGGUGCACUCGGCCACUGUCAUCUCCACUGCUGAAGACUCCUAUGUUUGGCUGCACAAGACAAUGCAUUCAAGAGUCCUAUAACUUCAGCAUGUACGGAUCCAGCCCCCUUUUCGGACAGCCGCCCAAUUUCACGACCGGCUGCAAGGACCAGCUUCCUGGAGCUUCUUGGCGCCAUUUCUGGGACAACUAUUUACCCAUGCUUGACAACUACCACGGCUCUGAAUAUUUCGGAACAAGACAGAGCUAUCUUGAAUUUAUAAACUGGGCAAAGGUAGCUGGCUGCCCGGUUAUAGCCACACAGCCUCAAGAUUUAAUGGGCUCCUUGGCGUGCAGAGGUAGCUCACGCUACUUGCCCCUGGCAUGGUUUUGCCCGGAGACUUGCGGCUGUAGUGCAUCUGGCAACCUUGAGAGAGACCACUUUUGCUUCGCCUACGACUAUUGCCCGAUGCAUGUCCUGCCCAAUGAGACUGAGCAGGCAUGGCAGCUUAUCAGGAAGUAUGACUUGCUGCGGACGCUCAUGAAUCCAGAGCUCUUGUUCAAUGACGACGCUUGGAUAUAA